AAUCCCCAAAUUGGAGCGGUUUAACAAACCCUUCUCUCUUUAUAAAAUGCAACAAAACGCAUGAAUUGAAAUUGAGAAUCUGAAUUCAACACACAUUCAAUCCGAUGGGGAACGCUGCGCCGCGCUGCCAACCGGACGCCGCCGGGCGAGUGAUCCUCUCCGACGGCCGCGUGGUCACCUACGACGAGCCGCUCACCGCGGCGGAGCUCAUGCUGGAGCACCCGCAGCACGUGGUGGUGGAAUUCAAGCCGAUUGCGAGCGGGAAAAAGGCGUCGCCGCUUCCGGCGGAUCAGAAGCUGGAGAUCAGGAAGACGUACCUGAUGCUCCGGAUCAGGAAGGGAAAGCCGAUCCAGCUGUCGUCGGAGGAAGCGAGGAGAUUGAUCCUCGGAAACAACGUCGGGAUCAAAUCGAGCGCGCUGCUUUCGUGCACUGGUCUCGUGCCGCUGUUCGCGCGGAUUUUGCCGGCGAUCGGAGGGAGGAGGAGGCUCCGGGGAAGUUCGGAUGAGAGGAAAGAGGUGGAAGAGGAGGAGAGACUGGAUUGCUUUGCGGAGAUAUUGGAGGGAAGGCCGGAGUUUCUGAGCAGGCAGAUUUCGGGGAAGGGAUGGAAGCCGAGUUUGGAUCCGAUUAGGGAGAAUGCGGUUAAACCCAAAGUUGUGAAUUGGGUCAUUCUCUGAGUUUUUAGCAUCUCCAACUACUAUUAUACUCUGAGUAAUUGUUGUUACGUUUUAAAAACCGGAUUGGUCCGGCCGAUUCGACUGCCUGUGAACCAGUGUAUCGCAUGCAUUCUGAUUUCUGCAUGUGGAUUGCAUAAGCCUAUAGUUUAUAUUAAUAUAUAUACUUAUCUUUGUCCUAAAUAUUUUGAUUUAAUUUGGGGGACUUGUUAAGUUUUUCAA